UUCUCACCUUCUCUCCACACACACACAAACACACCGAUCGCGUUUUGUCUUAAUCGUCGACGCAACACCUCGGUCCCGAAUCUGUAAACCGAUUCAAGAACACAAAACCAUGUCGGACGCCUACUGCACGGAUUGCAAGAGGGAGACGGAGCUGGUGGUGGAUCACUCCGCCGGAGACACGCUCUGCUCCGAGUGCGGCCUCGUUCUCGAGUCCCACUCCAUCGACGAGACCUCCGAGUGGCGUACCUUCGCCAACGAGUCUUCCAACGCCGAUCCCAACCGUGUCGGCGGUCCCACCAACCCUCUCCUCGCCGACAGCGCCCUCACCACCGUCAUCGCCAAGACCAACGGCUCCUCCGGCGAUUUCUUGUCUAACUCUCUCGGGAGGUGGCAGAAUCGUAACGGUAGUGCUGAGCGUGGGUUGAUCCAGGCGUUUAAGACAAUUGCCACCAUGUCCGACAGGUUGGGGCUUGUCGGAACUAUCAAGGAUCGGGCUAAUGAGAUAUUUAAGAGGCUGGAGGAUCAAAAGUCAACCAGGGGAAGAAACCAGGAUGCACUUUUGGCAGCCUGCUUGUACAUUUCUUGUAGACAAGAGGACAAGCCACGGACUAUUAAGGAAAUUUGCUCUGUUGCCAAUGGGGCGACAAAGAAGGAAAUUGGACGAGCGAAGGACUUUAUUGUUAAGACGUUGGGGCUUGAGACUGGCCAUUCUGUGGAAUUGGGCGCUAUACAUGCUGGUGACUUCAUGAAAAGGUUCUGCUCUAACCUUGGAAUGUCUCAUCAAGCCGUUAGAGCUGCUGAGGAAGCUGUGAAAAAAUCUGAGGAAUUUGAUAUAAGGAGGAGUCCUAUAUCAAUAGCAGCAGUUGUUAUCUAUAUCAUAACCCAGCUUUCUGAUGAUAAGAAGCCUCUCAAAGAUAUAGCGGUGGCUACAGGAGUAGCAGAGGGGACAAUAAGAAACUCAUACAAGGACUUGUAUCCUCAUCUACCAAAGAUCAUACCAAGUUGGUAUGCUAAGGAAGAGGAUCUUAAGAACCUCUCAAGUCCUUGAACUUCUUCUCUGCAAUAGAUACCUAUCUUAUUUAUCUCUCUACAAACAAAGCAAGUGUUUCUCUCGAGUAGAGAGGCUUUGGUUCUUUCUGAAAAUUCUUUUUUUUGAGUCCUUUUGUUAAGAUUAUGGACUUUCUUGUAAUGCUUUAACAUCUUCUAAAAGAAAUAUUUAAAUAUUCAUACUAAGAAAGAAAGAAGGUGUGUUUUAUUGAA